ACAGUGCCCGGAAACAUUUUAGGUUUGACUGCUGAAAACAUCACGACAAAGUCCUUCAGCCUAACGUGGAACCUGACAGAAGGCGUCGCAGUCGGGUACAAUGUUCAAGUCACAGGAGUGCCCGACUUCGAUACAAGAGUGGAUUCUGAAAUGGCUGUUUUAACGGGGCUGACACCGGGGAGCAUGUAUACGGUGCAAGUGUUCGCUGUGGCUGAAGACAACGUUACGCAAGGCAGUGGAGCGUCUCUUACAGUGUUCACAAAGCCUGAAACGAUCCUGAAUCUGACAGCUGAGGAUAUUACAACCACCUCCAUCACACUGACGUGGAGUUCAGCCCUCAGCGGCGUGGUUCAUUAUAAGGUGAAAAUUCCUGGAACUACCCUCCCUGAUUUGACAGUGUAUUCGGAGACCGCCACCAUAAGUCAGCUGAUACCUGGCCGGAACUACACGGUGGAAGUAUCUGCUGUGGAUGGAGACAACUUCACUGAAGGCGAUGCUGCCUCUCUCACGGUUUCCACAGUGCCCGGAAACAUUUUAGGUUUGACUGCUGAAAACAUCACGACAAAGUCCUUCAGCCUAACGUGGAACCUGACAGAAGGCGUCGCAGUCGGGUACAAUGUUCAAGUCACAGGAGUGCCCGACUUCGAUACAAGAGUGGAUUCUGAAAUGGCUGUUUUAACUGGGCUGACACCGGGGAGCAUGUAUACGGUGCAAGUGUUCGCUGUGGCUGAAGACAACGUUACGCAAGGCAGUGGAGCGUCUCUUACAGUGUUCACAAAGCCUGAAACGAUCCUGAAUCUGACAGCUGAGGAUAUUACAACCACCUCCAUCACACUGACGUGGAGUUCAGCCCUCAGCGGCGUGGUUCAUUAUAAGGUGAAAAUUCCUGGAACUACCCUCCCUGAUUUGACAGUGUAUUCGGAGACCGCCACCAUAAGUCAGCUGAUACCUGGCGGAACUACACGGUGGAAGUAUCUGCUGUGGAUGGAGACAACUUCACUGAAGGCGAUGCUGCCUCUCUCACGGUUUCCACAGGAGAAGUCCGCAAAAGCGGCGCUCAGUCUCGUUGCCCCGUUUGACGAUCGGUCACCCCAGGGUCGUCGGAAUCUACCGGUGCCCGGAAACAUUUUAGGUUUGACUGCUGAAAACAUCACGACAAAGUCCUUCAGCCUAACGUGGAACCUGACAGAAGGCGUCGCAGUCGGGUACAAUGUUCAAGUCACAGGAGUGCCCGACUUCGAUACAAGAGUGGAUUCUGAAAUGGCUGUUUUAACUGGGCUGACACCGGGGAGCAUGUAUACGGUGCAAGUGUUCGCUGUGGCUGAAGACAACGUUACGCAAGGCAGUGGAGCGUCUCUUACAGUGUUCACAAAGCCUGAAACGAUCCUGAAUCUGACAGCUGAGGAUAUUACAACCACCUCCAUCACACUGACGUGGAGUUCAGCCCUCAGCGGCGUGGUUCAUUAUAAGUGUAUUCGGCCCGCCACCAUAAGUCAGCUGAUACCUGGCCGGAACUACACGGUGGAAGUAUCUGCUGUGGAUGGAGACAACUUCACUGAAGGCGAUGCUGCCUCUCUCACGGUUUCCACAGAUAUCAGUGUCAUCGGGCACGCACACGCUUUGGUUAUCAAGGGUCAGCCAUUGAGGGAGAAGUUGGACAGUGCAGACCGUACCAUCAAGUGA